AUGGGACGCAAAUUGCACAGGUCCUUGGUUCAAUUGUUAUUUUUUGCGCUUGCGUUAUUCUUCAUUCUAUAUCUGAACCGCCCCGGCUCCAAAGACAGAUCAUUCUCAUGGAAUAAAGUCCGCUACAAGACCGCCGCCAGCACUCUCCCCGAAGCCCGGGGUAUUUGCCCCAAUCUAUCCGGGUCCAAAAAGCCUGCUCUCGUCGUGUCACACGUGGCAGGAGAUGGAGAUCCGGCUUGGGCCGAUGAGCUAUCUAAACGGUACCAUCUCUGCGUGUACAACGUCGAUAAGGCACUUGACAAGACCUCAAAGUAUCUGCAAGUGCCUAUGAACCGUGGUCAUGAGGCAAUCACUUAUCUCACAUUCAUUAUCGAUAAUUACGCUGAUAUCCCUGCAUCGGGUGCUGUAUUCGUGCAUGGAUCGCGUUUUGCAUGGCACAACGACUCGCCGGACUACGACAAUGCAGCUCUGCUUGGAACGCUCGACUUUGAGCGCGCACUGCAACCCACAGGGUACCACAAUCUUCGAUGUGAUUGGAGUACCAGUACAUGCUUGCCUUCUGCGCCUGCGCAGGGGAGUCUAGAGAUGCGACUUCAGUCUGCCGUAGCGCCAUGGAGUGAUCGAGCAGCGUCCGAUAUUGCGCUACCGAAAGCCCUGGCGGCUAUUUUCGGCGGUAAUUUGGAUGAGUAUCAGGCCGUACAUCGAGAAGUGGCAUUGCAUCUUCAUCUUGGACGGACGGAUACAGUUCGCUCGCAGUGUUGUGCACAAUUUGUCGUUUCUCGGGAGCGCGUAUGGCAGCAUUCGCGGGAUGAGUAUGUUGCGUUGAGACAGUGGCUUCUUGAUGGAGCUGAUGGGCGGAUAAAUCCGCGGUCUCGAAAUGAAAAAGUCGCACCGAGGGAUGAUCGGGUUGCGGGACGGGUUCUGUCGUAUUUGUGGCAUAUUCUGUUUGCUAAGCCGAAUGCUGAUGGUGGUCUUGAUCUUGAACAACUUAAUAAGGAUGCUUGUCCGAGUGCGAAGGAGUGCUACUGUCGUCUCUAUGGGAGGUGCAAUCUCCAAUGUCCUAAUGCUGGGAGUUGUUGGGGACAAUAUCAAGUACCUCCGUAUUUCAAGCUACCUGAUGACUGGGCGAAGACGCAUCCUUGA